CAACGAAUUCUUGUGCAUUAUAAAUAAAUCUUUCUUGACAUCUACAUUAUUGCGACAACGAAUCUUUGAAAGCUUCGUUCCAUUGUCUUCAACAUCUGAAAGAAACACACCAAAAAGUUUCUCAAAAAGAAACAAGAAAGAAGAUGAGCCAAAAGAUGUUCAGCAGUGAAGUCGAAGGGGGCAAGUUUCUUGGCAGCAUAGAUGUCAUUCAAGAUGCUUAUCGAGCAAUUUCUCAAACUUCUUCCACUUAUCAACUUGACACGAGUCCUUCUGGGAUCAAAGUUUUGGCUUUCAACUGUUUGUCUGAUUAUACAAUUCGUUUUCGUAAUGGAGAAGGUCUGGUUUCAUCAGAUAAGCAUAAAGUCGUCGACUUCAUUUCGACAAAAGUCAACCCCAAUUUAUCCAUUAACAAAGCUGCUGUUGAGUUGUUUGAGCUUCAUUUUAAAGAGCUAUCCGAGCUCUCAAAUCAGCUUAUAAAUGGUCAGUUGGUUGUCACCGGAUGUGGUCUAGGUGGAUACCUCGCCAUUCUUUACACCCUCCUGCAUCAACAUUACGCAGAUUUGGAAGAAUCUAACGGUUCAAAAACUGCCAAACGUCCGAUUUGCAUAACUUUUGGUUCGCCCCUUAUUGAAUCAGGUGGGCACACAGCUUUUGAAGAUCAAGAGGCGAUCUUGGCAGUUCUAGACGCUAUGGUGACACAAAAUGCUGAAAGCUACCAAAUGCACGAUUAUAGUAAAGAGUUGGGUUCGAUCAGAAAGACGGCAUUGUAUCACGGGGCUUCCAAAUUCAACGAAUCCAACUUAAGCCCGUUGAGGGCCGGAAUUGUAUUCCAGUUUCAAGAAAUCGGUGCGUUAAAUGAUAUUUCAAAUGAUUUGAUCGAGAAAAUGGAAAAGAAGCAAACAAGGAUGAUCAUCAAAAGUAGGAACGUGUAUGAGCCUACAAAGAAGCUAAACGACAUGAAGAUAAUCUUGACGUACAUAGAAUGGUACAUGAAGACCCGAAGACUAACAGGGGGUUACUAUGAUAGCUAUAAGGAUGCCAAAAGCGCAACCGAAAUCAUGGGAAAAAAUGAAGCCAUCAGACAUCAACUAAAUUUGAACCAGUACUGGAAGAAGACUGUGGAAGAAAAUGAUCUAGUGCCACAAAAAGAAGGUGCGAAGUUGCGUAAGCGUUGGCUUUACGCUGGAACCAACUACAGGAGGAUUGUCGAGCCACUAGACAUAGCCGACCACUACAAAAGGGGAAAAAACAAACUACAUGGCGGUUAG